AAAUGUAAAGUCGUGGACGUAAGUAAAAUCUUUCAACUCGCAACCAUUUGGCGUUGAAAAUACUUCUACACUCUACUGGUGGUGCCGUGAAACAAUCGCCACCACUACCAUUCCACAAUGGCGGAGGAAAUAGUGGUGGUUUUCGAUUUUGACAGGACGCUAAUCGAAGACGACAGCGAUAGUUGGGUGGUGACUCAGAUGGGACUCACCGCAUUGUUCAAUCAACUCCGUUCUACAUUGCCCUGGAACUCUCUCAUGGAUAGGAUGAUGAGUGAGCUUCACUCACAAGGAAAAACAGUUGAUGAUAUUACAGAGUGCUUAAAUCGAACUCCAUUGCAUCCGAAUGUUAUUUCUGCAAUUAAAUCAGCUCGUGCCCUUGGGUGUGAUUUGAAAAUACUUAGCGAUGCAAAUCAGUUUUUCAUUGAGAAAAUCUUGGAUCAUCACGGGUUAUUGGGAUGCUUCUCGCAGAUCAUUACAAAUCCGAGCUUCGUAGAUGGUGAGGGGAAGCUUCGGAUUUUUCCUUUUCAUGAUUUGAGCUCACCUCCUCAUGGCUGUCACUUAUGCCCUGCAAAUUUGUGCAAGGGUCUGGUUAUAGAACAAAUCCGGGCUGAAAAUCGGGGGAAAAGAUUUAUCUACCUUGGAGAUGGGAGUGGUGACUUCUGUCUAUCUCUGAAACUUGGAGAAGGUGAUUAUGUGAUGCCAAGGAAGGACUACUCGUUAUGGAAUUGCAUUGGCAGAAAUCCGGAUCUUGUCAAGGCAGAAGUUCAUGAGUGGAGCAAUGGAGACGAGCUUGGAAAGGUUCUUCUCUACCUUAUCAACAAAAUCUCCAGUGAAGAGAUCAUCAAGAAGUCGUCGCAAUGUAAGGUUUCUUCCACUCAGGAAGCACACCCUCAAACUUUAACUGUUCCUCAUUAGCUUUCAGAAAUCAUUGCAAAGGUGCUUUGAUGCUGAUUGUUUUGAUUUGAUUCUGAUUCUGAUUCUGCUGAUGCUUCAGCAACCGUGAAUAAUUAGUAGGUAGGUAGUAGUCAUAAUGAUCUUUGGUCCUGACAGCCUUUCAUUUUCAUGAACGAAUUAUAGGAAUUGAUUAAAAAAAGUAUAAUUUGCAAGAAAUAAUAUGUUGUUGCUUAUUUGAUCAAAGGAUAAAGGUAAAUUCAGAUCAUCAUAUGUUAUAUUAAGUAAUACUCCCUC